AUGGACAUAUAUAGGUUUCCGUCACCAACAGCUGGGGUUAUGUUCCUGAAAGUUCUUGUGGUUGGCAAAACUGUGGUUGCGGCGCUGCGCGGGACGCCGGCCGCCGAGGUGAGCGCCGCCUUCCUGUCCCUCACGCUGGACGCCAGCCUGGCCGCCGCGCCGCAGUACAUCGCGCUGCUCGGCAAUCGCAAGCUGCGCACUUUAGCCAAAGGAUUGUCUCCAGGCUUCUUGAGGUUUGGUGGCACCAAGACAGACUUCCUGAUCUUUGACCCAACAAAGGAUUCGACUUUAGAAGAGAGAGAGCUUUGGGAACUACAGGGAAAUCAAGAUAUUUGUGGAGUAAGUUCCACUCCUUUUGCUUUGGAAGAACAACUGCUAAUUCAGUGGCCUGUCCAGGAGAAAUUAAUCUUUGAGGAACAGUAUUGGAAAAAACACAACACCACCACCAUUACAAGAAGUACACUGGACAUUCUCUACAACUUUGCCAAUUGUUCAGAAUUUCAGCUGGUCUUUGGACUUAAUGCCUUGCUGCGGAAAGGCAACUCUCAGUGGGAUAGUUCAAAUGCUCAGUUACUCUUGGAUUACUGUGCUUCCCAGAAGUACAACAUGUCCUGGGAACUUGGGAAUGAGCCAAACAGCUUCAGGAAAAAGUCUGGCAUGUAUAUUGAUGGCUUCCAACUAGGACAAGACUUUGUUCAUCUACGCCACCUUCUGAGUAAUUAUAGUUUCUACAGGAAUUCAAAACUGUAUGGCCCUGAUGUUGGUCAGCCACGGAAGAACACUCAGAAGUUGUUGAGGAGCUUUCUGAAAUCAGGAGGGAAAGUAAUUGAUUCUGUCACUUGGCAUCAUUACUACGUAAAUGGCCGAACUGCUACCAGAAAGGAUUUCUUGAGCCCUGAAGUGCUGGAUACCUUUAUUACAGCAAUAAACAAUGUUUUUCAGAUUGUUGAUGGAACUGUUCCUGGCAAAAAAGUUUGGUUAGGAGAAACAAGUUCAGCCUAUGGAGGUGGAGCACCCAGACUGUCUAAUACGUAUGUUGCUGGCUUUAUGUGGUUGGACAAAUUAGGACUGUCAGCCAAAUUGGGAAUUGAUGUGGUGAUGAGACAGGUAUUCUUUGGAGCAGGAACCUAUCACCUGGUGGAUCAGAAUUUUGAACCCUUGCCUGAUUACUGGCUUUCCCUGCUAUACAAGAAGCUGGUUGGCACCAAAGUGCUGCAUGUUGGCCUGAAGGGGGCAGACCAGAAGAAGCUUCGGGUGUACCUUCAUUGCACAAACAACCACCACCCCAAGUACAAAGAAGGAGAUGUUACACUGUUUGUUUUAAACCUCUACAAUGUCACAAAGCGCUUGCAGCUACCUUAUUACUUAUCUAAUAAACACAUAGAUGAAUACCUUUUACUACCUCAUGGGAAAGAUAACAUAUUUUCAAGAUCUAUUCAGUUGAAUGGUCAUGUCUUAAGGAUGGUGGAUGAUAAAACACUGCCAACACUUAACGAGAAACCCCUCAGUCCAGGAAGCAUGCUCAGCCUUCCAGCUUUUUCAUACGGGUUUUAUGUCAUAAAGAAUGCCAAAGCUACUGCUUGCAUUUAAAUGUUACGCACACACUCCCAGGGGGUUUAUAAUAGCAGUGUGGCUAGAAUUAAGGUUUGAUAGUAAGGAGCUGGCAAGAUUCUGGCAAUCUUGAUGCAAAUCCGUUGGUGGCAACAGUACAACCUGAGGGAGGAGAAGGCAUAACUUUAAACUGUGUAUGGUGUGUGCAUGGAAUAUGUUUAUGUUGAGCCUCAAGAACUUUUUUUCCUGGGAGAAGAGGUUGAUUUUUCCUUCUCUUUGUCUCUAAGAGGUACAUUUACAACCAUUCUUUCAUUCUGUAUGCCUCUCCCACAAGAGUUACCUUGCAUCUGCAGAUCUGCCAGCCAGAGACUUAAAAGGUCCCUCAUCUUCUAGUUCUUAUAAAUAUGUAAGCACAAUUUUUAUAGCAGCACUGUUUUUUCCCUUACAAAAGAUGGGGUUAGUGUGUUUCUGAUUAUACCUCAAUGUCUUCAUUGUGUGGUUUCUUCAAUGCCUACAGAAUGUGACAAAGCAGGAGGCAAUUGUGGGGACUGUGAAUUAUGAGCUCUGAUCAUUGUGAUCUCUGAUUAGUUGAUAGUCAUGUAGGGAGCAAAGAGAGGAGAAAACAUGCUCCAUGGCAAAAUAAGGAAAAGUUUUAUAUGAAGAAGGGGAUGGAAGCAGAGUUGGGGAGAAUGCAGAAAAUGAGAAAGAAGGAAAUUAGGUCCACUAAAAGCAUAGCUAAAGGGACAGGGGAAGAGGCAUACUCCUUUCCCCUUAUUUGAUUCCUGGCAUAACUCAGAUCAUCUGAAAUUGGGUGAAAAUGACUGUUGCCCACUGAUUUCCACUGAGUUAUGGCAAACUACAUCAGCUGGGGCUCUAGUCCUGAUUAUUCAGAACAUAAUCAAAGCUCCUGAAUAAACUUGUCAUCUCGUCAACAUACUCAAUACUCAGUAUCAGUUUUAAAGACACUUCAUCUCACAGAGAGAGAAAAGAAUCCCCCAACAUAGUACAGUCUUUUCCAGUAUCCUAAUGACUGCUAGUGCCUGACUGAGUGCUCAUUAAGGUUAUGGACACAGCAAGAAUGAAAAGCUGUAUCCAUUUUAGCCUGUACUCAUUUUUCAGGCUUAAAAAACCCAUAAUCUUUCUGUAACUCCAUCAGAAAAAAGGGUCUCCUGUAUGAAGGUCCCUGAUGUCACUGAGUUAUGAUCGGUUUGGCAGUCCCUGUUUUUUGUCCUUGAAGAGGAAGAGGAAUAGACAGUCUGAUCCAAAGCCCAAAAUCAGUGGAAAAACUUUGGUGAGGGACCAGGCUCAGAAUAACUACAUAGCAUUCCAUGGCCCUAGGAGAAAGGUGGUUUCUCCCAAACAGACCCAUGAGCCAGCUUCAUAUUACAAAAUUCAGGAAACCAAUACAGAUUCUUUGGGCCAGCAGAAGUGAAUUGCAGCUGGACCCUUCUUUUCUUGGCAAACUUUCACAGCCAUUUUUUUUCUCAUUUCAAUCUAUUUUUCUUUAUACCCACAACUUUCACCUCUGCACAAUUCCUAUCCACAAGAACUACUUAUUCCUUCAUAAAUAAAUGCAAAUAAUCUCAAAUCUGUGAAGUACCUGAAGACACAACUGCUGUCUCUGAUAAACUUGUAUUUGUACCUAUAUGACAUCCACUUAUUUGUGCUUAUUUUGAAGUGCAUUGGGGAAAAGUACCACAUAGCUCUAUUUUGUUUUUCAGAAUUUGAAAGGACACUAUUGAGUAGAUAAGGCACCAAAUCUGGGUAUUGUUUUUUAGAACUUUAAAACAUACAAUUUAAAGAUAUUUAUUUAUAAAGUAUCAUUUAAAAUUUUCAGGGAAAACAGAUGAUUUGUGUUUAAUUUUUUUCACAGCAAUGUUUUCAACCACAAAAUUGCAGAAUUGUGCUAAUACACACAUAUGAGGAAGUAAAAUGGGCUAUAAAUCAAAUGACAAAUCUCUUUUCAUUAUUCAAGUUUAAUUGCUGAAGUAAGUAGACAGCGUAAGUGACUGAUGACAACUAAAUUAGAUCAGUAAAUUUCUUAAUUUUAAAAACUAAAGAGUUGAAACUAAGUGAUUCAAUUUGGUUUUAGCCUGAUUGUCUUUUUAAACUGUUUUUUAAAAAGCCAAGACAGUCAACACUGUUUUUAAUAUUUGUAUGUGACUUUUUAUAUUUGCACAUUUUUAAUAAAGCAAUUUAUAUUACAGUUUGGUAA